CUUUUUUUUUUUCACUGCUGUGUAUAGAUAGAUGCAGGUUUCUCUUGUUUCAAUCCUUCAAUUUUCUCCAAACCGACAAUGCCGGACCUCGCGAAUCUCUCUAUCUCGGAUUCUCUGACCGUCACUCUCACUCACUGCCCUAACAUCAAAUCCCACUCGGCCACAACAGAGAGCUCGGUCAAAACCCUAGCGUUUGACCGCGACUGCGACCAGAGGACGAUGGGGUUCGCGACUCUGCACAACGCCAACGGUGCUGGAAGUUCCAAUUGCAAGAGUUUGGAGGACCAUGUCAGGGAUUGGGUCACCCACAGAAUGGAAUCGGGGAUUCCUGAGACCCGCAGCUCAUUGCCUUUCCUUUGCGGUGCGAAGAAAUUGGCCGAGUGCCUUGUUUGCCAUAAUUUUGUCUGCCCUGGGGAGGAGAUCUUAUGCUCUGUUCGUGGCUGUCAAGGACUCUAUCACCGGGAAUGUGUGAAGGAAAGGCCUGGGAUCUCUAAUACCAAAAAGUUCACGUGUCCGCAACAUGCAUGCUUCAUUUGUAGACAGAGGUUACAUUGGCGGUGUGUACGUUGCACUAUAGCAUCACAUGAUAAAUGCGCACCAUGGCCGGAUAAAGUGAUGCAUUUGAUAGACCAGUCAGGGAGAGCUGUUUGUUGGAGGCAUCCAGCAGAUUGGUGGCAGGAUAGGAAGCAUGCAGUUUCAGCAAGCAAUAUAGAGGAGGUAUUCUUUCGCUUGCCUCUGCCUUACACUGCCGAGGAGUUCAAGAUUGACCUAACUUGGAAACACACGGAGAACAAUAUAGAGCCUCCUCCAUAUACGCACAUCAGGCGUAAUAUUUACCUAGUCAAGAAGAAGCGAGAUGAUGUUGAUGAUGAUGUUGGAUGCAGAGGUUGCACUUCUGUAUGCUCUCUGGAUUGUGUUUGCAGGGUUCAAUGCAUAAGCUGUUCAAAGGCUUGCCAUUGUUCUGAAAAUUGCACAAACCGUCCUUUUCUGAAGGAGAAGAAGAUCAGAAUCGUCAACACCGCACACUGUGGUUGGGGAGCAGAGGCAGCUGAAUCUGUUAAGAAAGGCGAUUUCAUAAUCGAGUAUAUUGGCGAAGUUAUUAAUGAUGCGUUGUGCGAACAAAGGCUUUGGGACAUGAAAUACAAAGAAGUGAAGAAUUUCUAUAUGUGUGAAAUUCGAAAAGACUUCACAAUCGACGCUACUUUUAAAGGAAAUCCAUCACGAUUUCUAAAUCACAGCUGUGAUCCGAACUGUGUCCUUGAAAAGUGGCAAGUUGAGGGGGAAACACGUGUCGGUGUGUUUGCUGCAAGAUCAAUAGAAGUCGGAGAGCCAUUAACAUAUGAUUAUAGAUUUGUGCAAUUUGGACCCGAGGUGAAGUGCUGUUGCGGUGCAUCAAAUUGUCAAGGCUAUCUUGGCAUCAAGAAAAAGAUUUGUAAGGUGGAUAUUUUCUGGGGGAAGAAACGCAAGAGAACACCAACUGCUUGCAUAGCUAUCCUUAGGUGAUCUCUGUCAACAAUUGUUGUAUGUCCAGUGUUCUUGAUUGCCCAUAUCAAGAAAUGUGGGCACAUAUAAAAAGAAAACGGAACUCAAAAAGAAGAAAAAAAGAGAGGAAGAAAUUAUAUAAUCACAUCAUGAUUCUUUGGUUUUGGACAUAAAAGAUGAACAUCUACUCGUAACAUUUGUAUAAACCUCUGUAGAACUUCCUGUUGGCCAUAUAACACUGAGAAAGUGUAACUGAUUUGCCCAUGUUUAGAUAUGCUGCACAUUUACCAAAGUAAGAAAAUGUAUGUACUUUUGUCAGAUAGCAGGCUCAUUUUUUACUAACCUGUGAAGACUUGAGGCGUAACAAAUGGGUGAAUUUGAAGU